AUGGCGAAUAUAACGUCAGAUAGGGACAAUGACGCGCCGGCACAGCGUCUGCCCUCCCCACCGCCUACGGUCUCUCCUCAUGCUACGACCUCCUCGUACGCUUUUCCCUCGUCCAAUUCUGCCACAGCUUCCGCCUCCUCUGCUCCUGCACCAGCAGGUCACGCGUUCAGGCGGUCUGUGACCAUGGACGAUGGCUCUCCACUACUGCGCCGCAGGCCAGGCAUCAUGGCCUCCUCCUUCUCAUCCCCCGAGGGCGGCGACGCGCCAGCCUCCCUAGGCCUGCGACGGCGCAGCUCGAACCUGUCCGAAUUCAGCCUGUCCGAGGCUCGACGGUCCUUUCGCGACGGGACACAAGAGAUCCUCAACCCGAGCGGCGCGAAGCAGAGCCCGGACGCACCUGAAACCCAGUCCCUCCUCUCGACCCUGCCGCUGGCCUUUGCCCUGCUGCCCGCACUGGUCGGGAUCUUCUUCGAAGGAGGCAGCUCCUUUGUCACGGACGUGAUGCUCUUGGGGCUGGUCUUCGUCUUCCUGCGCUACACAGUCACCCAGCCCUGGCGGUGGUACCAUGAGGCCCAGGAGGUCCGGAGCAGACAAGAGGUUGGGCUUGAACAGGUCAUCGAGGAUGACAGCGACGGAGAGGCACCCGCACGCAUGAUGACUUCAUCCGUCAUGACGCUGGACGAGGUCCCUGAGGAAUCCUCCCAGGACGGGCAGCAGCAGGAGGAGGACGGGCAGGAAAACAAGGCGGCAAGCCGUACCAGGGCCCAGGAGGCAGCGAUCAAUGAGCUCUACUUGCACGAGGUCCUGGCUCUGAUCUCCUGUUUCUUGAGCCCAGCCCUCGGCGCAUACCUCCUCCACGCCAUACGCGCCCAGCUGAGCCGCCCGUCCGAAGGCCUCAUGACAGACUUCAACAUCACCGUGUUCCUCCUCGCGGCCGAGCUGCGCCCCAUCUCCCACGCGCUGAAGCUCCUCCAGGCCCGGACCCUCCACCUCCAGCGGAUUGUGCAGUCCACCCCCGUGGCCCGGUCGACGACGCUGCAGCUUGAGGAGAUGCAGGCCCGCCUUGGCCAGCUCGAGGUCCGCGCCGAUGCCAACGAGGAGGUCACUGCCACCACUCUAGCGAACGCAGCAGCACAGCAGGCGCGGCGGGACGGCGGGCCAGGAGGAGGAAGCAGCAGCGGCAGCAAGCAGGAGGCUGCCCUCGUCCGCGAGGUCCGCAACGCGAUACAGCCGGAGCUCGAUGCGCUGAACCGUGCCAUGCGCCGCUACGAGAAAAAGGCUACGGUCCUCGCCCUCCAGACAGAGUCGAGGCUCGGCACCGUCGACAUGAGGCUGAACGACGCCAUCGCCCUGGCUGCGGCUGCGGCUAAGCAGAGCAGUCGGUCCCAGUGGGGAAUCUCGGCGCUGAUGGCGUGGGUCACGGACUGGUUCCUGACCAUUGUGAUCAUUCCUUACCAUCUAUGCCUGUACAUUGUCAUGUGGCCCUUCCGGACGAUCGCAGGCUUCUGCUUCAAGGGACGCCAGCCCGGCAGCAAAGACGGGAGGACCGAGAACGGCAGGGCAGGUCGGCAUUCCGGCUUCAAGGGACCACGGAACGGUUCCGGUUCGGACAAGGAUCGACAUAGGGAUCGUCUUCCGUCGAGGCUGUCGAGGCGGUAUAGCCCGUGA